AUGAAGCUUGCAAAAUGGAGUUUUAAAUUAUUCAUUUUCGAAAUUACUAAAGAAACAAUUGAAAGUAAAAAAAAAGAUUGUAAUCAAAAUUUCAACAGGAAAAACGAAAUUAGAUCAAAUUUUAGCCCAAAAACUGAGAAAGCGAUAGUCGGUAUGGUUUCUGCCAAAUUAAAAAUGAAUUGUAAGUAUUCAACUGUUUUGUCUUGUCCCUCAACAAAAGGAAGUUCACAGUUGCGUCCACAUUGGAGUUCUCAAGCAGCCACAUUGUGGCAAAUUAUUUAUUACCUCAACGGAGGGAACAUAUUCAGACAGUUAAUCUACGAGACACAGUCGGUAGGACAAAGAAAAAGUGGAAAAAUAUUUUUUUAUGUCGACUCGCUGAAGGGAUUUGAUGCGCCAGAAACACCGUCUGUUUAA